AUGUUGGAAUUUCUAGGAUGCCUUCCCUAUGUGGAUUACUACAACGUGGUCACUGGGAAUUCUCCACCUGAAAGAACGCUCAGGGGACUACAGGAGCAUCGACACCCAGCAUGUUCAGGUGUGAAUCAUGGUGACACACUGGAAGGCAGUGAUUUACUGCUUUGGGGGGCAUGCGUGUGUAUGAUUAAGGGAUGUAAGUGCAGGACUCCAAGAUUUACUUCCUUCCUGUUCCAGCGGGGAUCGCCAAGGAGAGUACUAGCAUCUUGUGGCAUUAUUCCAAGUUUAUAUUCCAUGGAGAUCUAG